AUGCCCUCGCACCGACAUCGCUCAUACUCUCGGGAGCGAUCUCGUUCGCGCGAACGCGACCAUUCGCGAUCUCGCUCGCCAGAACGGCGUAUUGAUCUUCCCAGCGGUGCCUCUCCCAUCUCAGAGUCCGACUACUUCCUCAAGAGCGACGAGUUCAGACUUUGGUUGAAAGAUGAGAAGGAUAAGUACUUCGAUGAGCUGUCGAGUGACAAAGCGCGGAAGUAUUUCCGCAAAUUUGUGAAGGCGUGGAACCGGGGAAAACUACCCAAAUCUAUGUACGCAGGCAUAGACAUACCGUCUGCCAGCAGCCAGACCGCAUACCGAUGGUCGUUCGCCUCCAAGACGUCCCAAGCGGACAGCGUUGCACUGCGAGCCGCUCGCGACGAAGUCGGCGCAGCCACCUACAAGCGGCCCAUGCGUUCGGACCAGCCGUCCAGCUCCAGCAGGAGCGGCCGCAUACAAGGCCCGACGCUCCCCUCACAGUCAGAUCUUACGCUCGCGCGUGAAGCUGAAGAAGAGCACCGCGCCGCAGAGCGCGACUAUAACCGGAAGCGAGAGCGUAAGGAGACCAAGGAGCGUGUCGAGGAGGUAGUGGGGCCGAAGGAGGUAGGACGGGAGGGCAUGCUGGAGAAAAAGCGUGCGCAACGGGAGGGCAACCGCGCCUUUAGAGAACGAGGUGACGAAGGGCUCGAGCUGGACGAAUCGACGCUGAUGGGAGGCGGAGAUAGCUUCAAGGAACGGAUUGCUCGCCGCGAAGCGUCGCGUAAGCGGUUCGAAGAAAAGCGCCAUGGGGCGGGAGAUGAGCGUUUGACAGCUGCACGCGAGCGAGCGGACGCAAUCCGGCAGAAGGACAAGGCAACGAUGGACAUGUUCAUGCAAUUGGCGAAAGAUAAGUUUGGCUGA